AUGGAAAUUAAUUAAGACACUCUAGACUUUUUAUUUAAAGAAUUAUGUGCUAUAGCUUACUUAUAACAAAAAACCUAAAAUGAAUUAAAUGAUCUUUAUCAAUAUUAUACAAUGUAAGAAGCAAGACUAAUGAAUCAAUUUUAUCAUUAUUAAACGAUCAACGAAUAAGAAUUAAAGUAUUGAUAGAAUUUAAUAAUUUAGGCUAGUGAAUAGAUUUAUUGCAAGAAUUUCAGAAGCUUUUUAAUUAAUGAUAGCAAAGAGAUAAAUUGCGAGAUGCAAGGAAUCAAAAUUUUAACCAACAAUAUAUAAUUGUCUGACUUAAAAUUUUGAAGGCAAAAAUAGUCUUAUAUGUUUAUUGAUUUAAGCUAUAUAUAGAGAGUGCAGACUUUAGAUUGAAAUGAUAACGAAUAAGAAUUAAAAAAUAGAAGCUAAAAGAGUAAUUCUUAAUCAAUAUUAAGAUACACAGUCAAGAUAACAAUAAUGAUGAAGAUAAACUUUAGAAUCAAUUCUAUUCAGUUUAAGUUACAAAUAAGAAAAAUAUUUAAAAUGAAUGGUAAGUUAAUGUUAAAAAUAAUAAAAAGUUGAACAAUUUUUAUUCAAAAGUAUUUCCAAAAAUAUAUGAUGCAAUUAGCAAUAUUGAUAAGUAUAUAAUAAUUUAAUAUUCAUUUAUAGAAGUUAGGAUGAGUAGAUUCUAUAUUUCUAAAAUAGAGAAUAGAAUAUGGAUAGAAUAUUUAAUUAGUUACUUUAAUAAAAUUAGCAUAUUAAAUAAUCAUUAAAUUGGUCAGUUGAUUUGGACUAAGAAUUAUAUAAGAAUAAGAUUGAAUAAAAAUUGUAAAAAAUAAAAUUAUAAUAACUAAUUCCAAGUAAUUAAUUAUCAACUUAAUCAUCUCCUACUAAACCUUCUCAACCAUCAAAUAAAUCAAUAAAACAAAAUGCACCUAUAAGUCCAUUUAGAAAUAAUAACAUAAAUAAUAAUAGCAAAUUAGAUAAAAUGCCUUCCAUAAAUGUAAAAUUUAGAAGCAUUUCUCAAAAUGUUCCAAUGAGUGAAACUAAUUUUAAGAGUUAGAACAUGUUCUUGAAUCCACAAAUAUAAACAUAAAAUCCCAAAUCCUAACAAUAUUAUUCAUCAGAAACAGAAAAAUCAAGUUUAUUUUCUAAAAUAAUAGAUAACUAUAAAUAAAAUUAAUUUCAGCUAAAUAAGAUUAAAAUUGAAUUUAAACCUAAACGUUAACAUUGUUCUGUUCUAAAAAGUAAAUUAAUGAUAGAUCUCAUACCACUUCAUAAUUCAAAAUUAAAGCCUAAAGCCCCUCGAUAUUUUUUAUAAUAAGUUGUUCCAUAAAUAAUUAAUUGA